CUUGCAUUCCAAUUGUGUUGUUUGUCCAGUAAGUGCUUUUGAAAUUCACACAGGCUCUGAGUAACGCAAACGUCAUGACUUGCCAGUUUGAGCAAGGCCUUACUGUUGAAGCUGCAAUAGACAUUCUUACUGGAACUUAUGAUGAUGAUGAACUUGGCAAUGUUGAAGCUUUAUACAUUGCCCCUCCUGAUUCAAACGUCCUCACUGAUGAAGACUCAGCAGGUGAAGAUGAGAGUGGAUUAGUCGACAAUCUUUCAGGCAGACAACUUUCAGCUGAUGCAGAACUCAGAAUAACUGGUAAUAAUUAUCUUCAAAACGCAUCAACUGAAGAAAAUAUCAAUCGUCUAGAUCACACUUCUGGAUCGGAGCAGGCAACCAAAACAGGAGAGAAUUCAAAAAUAUUGUCACAGACUAGUCACAAUGAUAACAUCCGGACCAAUCUUCCACAAACUUAUGAUGAUAGGCCAAGAAAGAAACUCAAAAAGACUACAGCUGUACAAAAGAAAAGCUCAGAAGCAUUAGAACAAAUGCAGACUGAUAAAAGACAACGUAAUUUUGAUGGUGUAAUAGGAGAGUUAUUAUCUGAUAUACGUACAGAAAGACAAGCAAAGAAGAAAAAGAAACCUAUCACAAAAAAAUGGAAUACAGAGGCAGACAUUGAGGCAACAAACCUGCCAUUUCCCAAGGCAGACUUUUCUAGAUAUAGAGACUUUUCAGCUUGUGAACUAUUUGAAUUAUUCUUUGAUGAUGAUGUAUAUGAUAUGCUAGUGAGGGAGACAGCAAGAUAUGCCAUAUUCAAAAAUCAACAAAAUCCAAACAUUACAAAAGAAAAUAUUAAAUGUUUCAUUGGAAUUUUAAUUUUUAGUGGUUAUCAUACACUCCCUGGUAAGAGAUACUAUUGGGAUUCCCAGACAGAUAUGAAUCAACCAUUUAUAGUCAAUAGUAUGAGGCGUAAUAAAUUUGAUCAAAUUAUGAGCCUAAUUCAUUGUGCAGAUAAUAAUAAUAUUGAUACUGGAGACAAACUGUACAAGCUUAGACCACUUAUCUCUAUGCUGCAAAGUAGAUUUCAAGAGCAUUUCAUACCAGUUCAAUAUUUGUCGUAUGAUGAAAGUAUGAUUGAAUACUAUGGACGUCAUGGAUGCAAACAAUUCAUCAGGGCGAAGCCUAUCCGUUUCGGAUACAAAGUUUGGUGUGUGAAUGCGCCAUUGGGCUAUUUGAUGAAUUUCGAAAUAUAUCAAGGAAAAUCACUGAACAUGCCCUCUGAGUAUGAAGAGCUCUUUGGAAAAUCCUCUGCUCUACUUGUAAAAAUGCUUGAGAAAUUGCCUGGAGAUAAAAAAGAUCUCCCUUACAUCUGUGUUUUUGAUAAUUUAUUCUCAAAUUUCCCUCUUUUGAAAUUUCUUCGUGAAAUAGGAUAUGGUGGCAUCAGUACCAUAAGAGAAGAUCGACUACCCCCAUGCUGUCCAUUACUUCCAAAGAAAAAUAUUCAAAAUAAAUUUAGAAGAGGCCAUUGUGUAUCUGCACUGAAUAUGGAUGAUGGAAUCCUAGUUUGCAAGUGGCAUGACAAUGGGGUUGUGAGUCUUGCAUCCAACACCCAUGGAGUACAACCAAUAGGAAAAGUGGAAAGGUAUUCACAAGCCGAGAAGAAAACUAUUCUUGUUGAUAGGCCCAAUCUUGUGAAAAUUUAUAAUGAGAAUAUGGAUGGCACUGACCGAUUAGAUGAAAAUGUGGCAAAUUAUAGAAUAAGUGUUCGUGGGAAAAAAUGGUACUGGCCAAUAUUCACGUGGCUCAUUGAUGUUGCCAUCCAAAAUGCGUGGCAAUUCAGUAGAAGCAGUGGAGUGAAGCAGCCUCAACUUGACUUCAGGAGGGAAAUUGUUCAAUCAUAUAUCACGAGAUAUGGUGAAGUGUCAAAGGGUCCUGGUAGGCCAAUGACGUCGAGACAAUCAUUGUCAUGCAACCGAAUCUCUGAUGACAUAAGAUAUGAUGGAGUAAAUCACCAUGUAGUGAGUGUACCCGACAAAAAAAGAAGGAGAUGUGCUGGAGAAGAAUGUGAUUCCAGCAUCUGUACUAUGUACAAAAAAUGUAAUUUUGGACUUUGCAUAAAAUGUUUUGACAUGUUUCAUACAAAAACUUUUAUUUGAACUGAUAAUUAAUAUUUUUAUUGUUAUCACUAUUAUUUUCUGGAAGUAAUAAGCUAUGGAAUAAUAAAAGAUCUGGUAAUAAUACUUAGACUAUAUUGCUUUCAAAUCCUGCAUAAUUUCACUGUAUGUACUCAUCUAUGCUAGUGUAUUGUCCUAGCGUUACCAUAUGGUAACAGCCAAUUUUGGCAAACACACAAGGUGGAGACUGUUGAAAAGACUUAAAAUGGUCUAUACACAUCCCAACACUACUAAAAAAACACUUUUUUGAAAAAAAUCACUGGAAAAUUUAUUUGGGGUAAAAUGGGAACUUAACUUGUUCUUCUAACUCAACAGUCAUAGUAGAUCGGGGUCUGCCUGCAUAAAUGUGCUCUUUGGAUAUCAAAGAAC